AUGUCUUUCUGUUUUGCUUCGUACGCUUUCAAGCUCGGAAUCAUUUUAUUACUGAUCAAAGAAUUGCAAGCAGCUGACGAUGCCGACCAAGUGUGGUUCCAUAAAGCACAUAACGGUUGGUAGUUGAAGAAGAAAUUUUCCUUUUUUAUGUUUAGUGACUAUAAUUCGCUUCUAGUGUAGGACGAAGUACAUGUAUAGCCGUAUAGGUAGCUAUAGGAAUACAAAGUGCAAACUCAUUUAAUUUGUGUGUACGACAUAGAUCUUUCAGGCAAUAGUGCAUGCAACUUAUGCAUCAGAUAAUCUUGUACGAUUUUUUUAAAAAGAUCUUACGUAUAAGAGCUUCUCUAUCAGUAUUGCGCACUGAACUAUUAUAAACAGUCAUGCGUUUCUUCGGGAAUUCUUCCUCAAUAUCUUUUAGGCAAUAGUGCAUGCAACUUAUACAUCAAAUAAUCUUGUACGAUUUUUUUAAAAAGAUCUUACGUAUAAGAGCUUCUCUAUCAGUAUUGCGCACUGAACCAUUAUAAACAGUCAUGCGUUUCUUCGGGAAUUCUUCCUCAAUAUCUUUUAGGCAAUAGUGCAUGCAACUUAUGCAUCAGAUAAUCUUGUACGAUUUUUUAAAAAAGAUCUUACGUAUAAGAGCUUCUCUAUCAGUAUUGCGCACUGAACUAUUAUAAACAGUCAUGCGUUUCUUCGGGAAUUCUUCCUCAAUAUCUUUUAGGCAAUAGUGCAUGCAACUUAUACAUCAAAUAAUCUUGUACGAUUUUUUUAAAAAGAUCUUACGUAUAAGAGCUUCUCUAUCAGAAUUGCGCACUGAACUAUUAUAAACAGUCAUGCGUUUCUUUGGGAAUUCUUCCUCAAUAUCUCUCAGGCAAUAGUGCAUGCAACUUAUAUGCAUCAUCAUACGAUUUUGUUAAAAAGAUCUUACGUAUAAUAGCUUCUCUUCUGUAGUGUUAAUACGAAGCGCUCGUUUUUGCAGCUUCUCGAGCAAUCUCGUUCCCCGAGCCUGCGAUCCUCGGGAAGGAACGCGAGGCUCUGGGAUAAUCCGUUGCAGGGAGGAAUCUGAUUGGCCGUUGGAAUGGAAUGCGUAGUUCAAUCUUAGCCAGGAUUCCUGGCUUCCGGCAACGGAUUAUCCCUGAGCCUCACGUUCCUUCCCGAGGAUCGCAGGCUUGGGGAACGAGAUUGCUUGUCGAGCUCAUCAAGCUGAUAAGUAUGUAGACAGAAAAAUAUACCAAGAACUUCGACGUUUCUAAAACGACGGAACUAAACUCUAAUGGCUGUUUUUCACUCUAGUCAGGCAAAUAGAGGAACAAAAAUUCGAUGGAAAACUCACCAUAUCGAGUGACAAUUCCAUUUUGCCUUCAUAUUGUGCCCAAAAACUAUGCCAAAAGGCAAGUAAGUACGUUUCUGUAUGUCGGCGGCGUUAAAACAUGCCGACACGUUUUUCUUCGAAUUCUGUAUUAUUGUCGAUUUCAAGUCACGUUUCAACGCACGGGUCCCAAGUUCGUUGCAAACUUGCCAAUUACCGGUUUCCAAGUUCAAAAAUUGGGCGUGAACUUCGCAACAAAGUUCGGAAGUACAUUUCAGUGUUUGUAAACAAAUGUUCAUAGUUCAAGUUGAAGUCAACAAUUCAAUGGAAAGUUCUUGGUCCAGUGGGCUACCAAAAAGGUUUGUAUUUCACUGAAUUGGUUACUAUUAUUGAGUGUGAACAUUUGUUUACAAACGAAGUCCAAACAUUGAUUGAAAUGAACUUUCGAACUUUGUUGUGAAGUUCGCGCCCAAUUUCCGAACUUGAAAACGUAAUUGGCAAGUUCGCAACGAACUUGGGAACCGCGCGUUGAAAAGUGACUUGAAAUCGACAAUAAGUCUAUUAUAUUUAAAAAUUGUGAAAUUUCAGACAUAUUUCUAACAAAAAUGACUUACAUCAUUCGAAAGCUUGCAAAAAACUACAUAUAAGCCAUUUAAACGGUUACCAGGGUUUUUCAAGUUCUUCUUGAGUACGUUAUGAGCUGCAUUCUCGUACCCAGAGCCCUUCAUACGCGCGGUGCGACGAGGGGCUCUGGCCAAAUCCAUAUCAAACCGGCAUCUGAUUGGCUACAACGAAGGUUAUUUAUGGUAUCCGGUUUUGGAUUUGGCCAGAGCCCCUCGUCGCACCGCGCGUAAGAAGGGCUCUGGGUACGAGAAUGUAUAAGCUGUUGAAAGCCUGUUUUCAAACUAGUACCCAGGAUUUUUGCGAGAUUUUGGCUUAUUUUUCACCUUUCGGACAGCAAUAAUUCGAAAACCACUUGAAAAACCGAGCUAAUUUUUGUAAGCUUUCUAUUGAUGCAAGUCAUUUGUAUAAGAAAUGUAUCUGAAAUUUCACAUUUUUAACGCCCCCCUCCCCCUUUAACUGUAAUAAAGUUUGACACAAAAUUCGAAGAAAAACAUGUCGGCAAGGCCAAGAGCCUACAAGAUAUUUUAACGCCGCCGACAUACAGAAAUGUACUUGCCAGCCUUCAGGGCACAAGACUAAAGAAAAAUGGAAUUCCCCUUGAUAUGGUGAGUUUUCCCUCCCUUCUAUCUGCCUGACUACUUCAACCGUAGCAUUUUCUUUUGUGUCGAAGUUAUUAGUUUCACUCUUGUGCUCAAGAAACAGAGAACAUUAUGGACGUUCAUUACCGUUUUGCUCACGAAUUAUUGAGUUUUUGAGAAAUUCUUAUAAAAACCUUAUUCCCGCAGGUAAGAAAGUGAUCGAGAAUAUUUUGUCAGAGCAUAAAGUCAUAUCCUGGUUAUUCUGUGCUCUCCAUUGCCACGGUUACGCUGGUCAAUUUUGUGCGGGCUUUAACUACAAAUCGUCCACGAUUGAUAAUGAAGUAAACUGUCAAUUAACCGUUGCCCAGCAACAGCGUGAUGGCGUCAUCGAGGCAAAAGCCAAGAACGACUGGGUAUUUUACCAACGUAAACAAUACAUCAAGGUAAAAUUUAACUCAUCGUUUCGGCAGGAUGAAGUUUGAUCAAGUCCUAGGACUGGAUGAACUUUGAUCAAAUCCUGGGACUGGAUGAACUCUGAUCAAGUCCUAGGACUGGACGAAGUUUAAUCAAGUCCUAGGACUGGAUGAAGUUUGAUAUAGGCUACAGAUGAAAUUUAGAUUAAAUAUUAGCAAAAGUUUGUCUUGCUUCGCCGGGCAGAGUAAACUGAAUGCUUAGCCCAUUGUGUAAUUUAUGCCUGAUACAUAACUUAAUUAAUUUGCUGGCGUAUGGCUAUCAAGAUAUGAAGAUCUGGAAACUAAACAGAAGUCAUUGUGUUACGUUUUGUCGGAGUUUAUGCUAAUUUGUGCACGGUCACGGUGAUUGAGCUCAUUGUAUUUUUAUAUAAUAAAGUAAUCGUCCAAUAGGGAUAGCUGAGAUGAAACGUGCAACCACGAUAAAUAAUAUUUAAGGAAGUUGAGACAAAUAAUUUUUUGCACGAUCAGGUGCAGUUCAACAUCAAACAAAGGCUUCCAGACCAUCAUAUCUUGACAGACUGUGGCUGGCCGAGGUAUGCAGUCUCCAAGUGCCCUCUAGUUUUUAAUAUGUUUCUCAUAUCAGUUAUAUGCUUUUCCAGGACCCUUGCUCUCCCUCGCCAUGCUUCCACGGCACAUGCGUGGUUAACACUGCGGACAGGAGAAAUGUGACGUGUAAAUGUUUUGAAAAGUACGAAGGAAAAGCUUGCGAAACAAGGAUUUACGGUAAGCCAUGCAGGGAUUUCAAAACAAGCCGGCAGCUGGCGGUGCUACGAGAUUUGCCACAGGUUACUUUCUGUGAUAUAUAAAAUGAUAGGAUUAUAAAUCUGUAGUGGAUCUCUUCACAUUUUAAAACAACGGCAAGAAAGUAGUGAGAGUUACAUAGGGGGUUUGGGACCCGAAACAAGCCACAAUUGAAAAGGAACAGCAAUGCAAUUUUUCGCUUCAAAAUGUUUGCUCUUUUCUGAACCGCAUUUAUCCUUCAUUUUUUUCAAGAAGAACUUCAAUUAGUCAUUGUUGAAUAGGUUUAGCUAGCUAGCACAAUCUUGAUCAUGAGUUUUGAAACUCAAUCAUGUCAUGGAAAGUGCAGUAAAAUUGAAGUUGUUUGUGUUGAAUUUGCGAUAUAAAAAUCCAUGAACAAGAACGUGAAUACACAUAUGUCAUUGCAGUCCGGUCCAUUCAAAUCAAAGGCAUGUAAAAGGCUAUAAUUUUGAAUCAGAGGGAGGGAGGGGGGUAACAGACCCCAGACUCCCUGAUGUAUAGUUAAACUCUUUUGUGCAUACAACGGAUCCGGCCUAAAAACCUUGAUGAUGAAGACCAUAUUUCUAUAAAUACAGAUCCCAACCUGAAUUAUGCAUUAAAUAAGCCCGCUACAUCGUCAUCGUCUACGUAUGCACACUUGAGUCAACGUGCAGUAGAUGGAAAUACCAACACAGACUGGGAUGCUAGUGGAUGCUUUCAGGCGGAGAGUUCUGAAAAACAGUGGUGGCGUGUGGACUUUCAAGAGGAGAUUCAG